GCUCUUCGUUGUCUCAAAGCCUUUUUUAUGAACAAGUGUUAGAUGUUGCGUAAAUUGUUGCAUUAUAGAAUACAAAAGAAAAGCAAAAAACACAAACACAUGGAUGCUUUCACUGAGAGGCAAGAGGCCUUGGUGAAUAGCUCAUGGGAAGCUUUCAAGAAAAACAUUCCUCAACUUAGCAUUCUAUUCUAUACCUUGAUAUUGGAGAAAGUACCAGAUGCAAAGGACAUGUUCUCGUUUUUAAAAAACUUUGAUGGAAUACCACAUAACAAUUCAACCCUUGAGGCGCAUGCUGAACUGAUUUUUGAAAUGACCCGUGAUUCAGCUGUUCAACUCCGAGCAAAAGGAAAGGUAGAUGUGGCGGAUGAUGUUACAUUAGAAUAUUUGGGUUCUGUCCAUGUUCAAAAAGGUGUCAUUGAUCUCCAUUUCAUGGUGUUUAAAGAAGCAAUGCUGAAAACAAUAAAAAAGGCUGUGGAGGACAAAUGGAGUGAGGAAUUGGAUUGUGCUUGGGGUAUAGCCUAUGAUGAACUAGCAGCUGCAAUUAAGAAGGCAAUGGGAUGGCCAUAAACAAGUUUAAUAGAUGCUUUUGGUUCCACUAAACUUGUUAAACAAGUUUCUCUUAAAAAUGUCAUUAUAAAUAAGAUUUUCGCAGA